AUGAAACUGUUCCUUGUUGGAGCGUUGCUCCUUCUCUCCGUCUACGCGUCUGACGACGUAAUCGUUUACGGGGAUUCAAGCUGGGAUGACGGGAUCAAGCAACACGAGGUGGCUCUCGUCAAGUUCUACGCUCCAUGGUGUGGACACUGCAAGCGAAUGGCUCCAGAAUACGAGAAAGCCGCUACCAAGCUGAAGGCCAAUGAUCCACCAAUUGCCCUGAUCAAAGUCGAUUGCACCAUUGAUAAGGAAACUUGUGACAAGUUCGGCGUCCAAGGAUUCCCAACAUUGAAGAUCUUCCGCAACGGAGAAGUCUCGCAAGACUACGAUGGACCCCGUGAGGCUGAUGGAAUCAUCAAAUACAUGCGCGGACAAUCCGGACCAUCAGCUCGUGAGCUCACCUCGCAAGCCGACUUUGACAAGUUCUUGAGUCAAGAUGAUAACGCUGUGAUUGGCUUCUUCGAGGGUGAGAGCAAAUUGAAGGACUCGUUUUUGAAAGUUGCUGACACUGAGCGUGAUCGUUUCCGUUUUGGAUACACGUCUGUUAAGGCUGUCCUCGAGAAGGCUGGAUUCACUGAUGACAUCGUCGUCUAUCCACCGAAGAAACUCCAGAACAAAUUCGAGCCUAAUGAGUUCAAAUACGACGGAAACUAUGACACUGACAAGAUCAAGAACUUCCUUGUUCAUGAAACCAACGGUCUCGCCGGCGUUCGCACCCAAGGAAACCUUUUCCAAUUCGAGAGCAAACCAUUGGUCACCGUCUACUACAACGUCGACUACGUCAAGGACCCAAAGGGAUCAAACUAUUGGCGCAACCGUGUGCUCAAAGUUGCCCAAGAUUACAAGAGAAAGGUUCACUUCGCUGUUUCGAACAAGGAGGAGUUCUCGAGCGAGAUCGAUGAGCAUGGACUUGCUGAUCGAAAAGAAUCCGAUAAACCACUCGUUGCCGCUCAAACAAGCGAGGGAAAAUUCCCAAUGGAUAAGCCAUUCAGCAUUGAGAACUUGAAGGAGUUCGUUGAUGACCUUCUUGCCGGAAAAUUGCAAUCAUACAUGAAGUCCGAGCCAAUCCCAGACAAUCAAGAAAACUUGAAGGUGGCUGUCGGAAGAAACUUCAAAGAGCUGAUCAUUGAUGCUGACAAAGAUGCUCUUAUCGAGUUCUAUGCUCCAUGGUGUGGACACUGCAAAACCCUUGCACCCAAGUAUGAGGAACUUGCUGACAAACUAGCUGAAGAGGACGUGAUCAUCGCUAAGAUGGACGCCACCGCUAAUGAUGUCCCACCACUCUUCAACGUCAAGGGAUUCCCCACCCUCUUCUGGCUUCCCAAGAACGACAAGCAGAACCCAGUCCCCUAUAACGGAGGUCGCGAAGUGAAGGAUUUCGUCAAAUUCAUCGCCGCUCACUCCACCGACGGCCUUAAGGGAUACGACAAGAACGGAAAGAAGACCAAGAAGUCCACUGAUGAACUC